UCGCCCAGCGUCGAUCUCUGCUUGUUUUUCCUCUUCCUUCAAUCACACUCACGGACCCUCUACCACGCUUUCUCUGAAUAAUAUUCUCCGUCGCAGAGCCUCGUGCAAGAUAUAUUUGACUCACGAAAUUCGAGACUAACCACAUCAGUUCAGUAAUUGCCGUUAACCUCAUUUAUUGGUUCCACUCAACCACGUGAACGUCGUUCCAACACGCCUUUCCAAGUCGUUAUUCAGUUUUCAGGAAAUCACCAUACUUUUCAAUCUUAUGAAAGUCCUAUGCGUUGCAGAGAAGCCGUCUAUAGCUAGAGCUAUCACUCAGAUUCUAUCCGGCGGUCAAUUCAACACCCGCAAUAGUCCGAACAAAUACAUCAAAAACUUUGAUUUCAACUACCCACAGACGAACUCGCAAUACACAGUUACUUCUGUAACUGGACAUCUGCUCGAUCAUGAUUUCGAUAGAGCUUACUCGGGAUGGCAAUCCUGUGACCCUCUCCAGUUGUUUGAAGCACCGAUCCUAACCAAUGUCAAGAAGGACUCGGAGACGAUCGCCAGAAACCUCACCCUUGAAGCCAAGAAAGCUCAGAUGGUGAUGAUAUGGACGGACUGCGAUCGAGAAGGGGAGAAUAUAGGUGCUGAGAUUGCCUCGGUGUGCAGGAAAGCGAAUGGACGUCUCAGUGUGCGGAGGGCUAGGUUCAGUGCUAUCAUAGCCCAGCAAAUUCACAACGCGGCUCAGAACCCCGUUCAACUGGACAUGGCGCAAGCGAAUGCUGUAGAGGCACGCAUAUUGCUUGACCUCCGCAUCGGGGCUGCAUUUACCCGCCUACAAACACUGACACUACAACCUCGGUUUGAACAACUGAAGGACGUUAUUUCAUACGGACCAUGUCAGUUCCCGGCACUAGGCUUCGUGGUUUCACGAUAUAAUCAAGUCAAGUCCUUCCGCCCCGAGCCAUUUUGGUACAUUCACUUGGCACUGUCUCAUGCGAAUCAGAACGGCACCAGCUCGUCUACGACGAUAGAAGACGAAGAGAAGGAGACGAUUUUUACAUGGCGUCGAGGGCACUUGUUCGACAUGGAUAUCGCGAUCAUACUAUACGAGAACGUACUCGCGAACCCUGAGGCCAGAGUGACCAAGGUGAUUCAGAAGAAUACGAAAAAAUGGAAGCCGCUGCCUUUGACAACGGUCGAUCUUCAGAAAGCCGGUUCAAGGUUAUUGAAGAUCUCACCAAAAACUGUUCUGGACAUUGCAGAGAAACUUUACCAACAAGGGUUCCUCUCCUACCCACGUACCGAAACAGACCAGUUCGAUCCUCAAUUCGAUUUUAUGUCGCUCAUCCAGAAGCAGAAGUCAGAUCCAGCUUGGGGAGGGUUUGCCACUCAGCUCGAAAAUGGCGCAUUCAACCCUCCUCGACGAGGAAAGAAGAACGACAAAGCCCAUCCACCUAUUCACCCGACAGCAUACGCCGGAAACCUGACGGGGAAUGAGAAGAAAGUUUAUGAGUACAUUGCACGCCGUUUCUUGGCUUGUUGUUCGAAGGAUGCUCUUGGUUGGGAGACUACUGUGGACGUUGUAUGUGGCGGAGAGGAAUUCUAUGCGAAUGGUUUGAUUAUCACCGAGCGGAAUUACCUGGAUGUCUUCCCAUAUGACAAGUGGUCAUCGAAAGAGCUCCCACAUUUCGAAGAGGGCGAAACAUUUCAACCUUCCUUAUGUGAACUCCGUGAUGGGAAGACAACAAGGCCGAGUCUACUCACUGAAGCCGACCUUGUCUCCUUGAUGGACAAGAAUGGCAUUGGCACGGAUGCUACUAUCGCUCAGCAUAUACAGACCAUCAUCGACCGCAAGUAUGUUAUCGAGCGAAUGCAAGGUACUACCAAGUACCUUGUACCAUCUACACUUGGCGUAGGUCUGGUCGAAGGCUACAACGAGAUUGGACUCGAGCGUAGUUUAAGUAAACCACAACUUCGUCGUGAGACUGAAAGGCAGAUGGUUCAAAUAUGCGAAGGCACCAAGACUAGAAAUGACAUGUUGACAGAGAACGUAGAGAAGUACAAAGACAUGUUCAUCCGGACGAGACAACAGUUUGCUCGCAUUGCUGCAAGCGUCGGUAAUCGUCUCCAAGGCAAUGAAAUUGACUACGAUUUGGACUUUGGUGACGAUGACGGAGGUGAUGGAGGUGAUGUUGGGAACGGCGGCGGCGGCGGAGGCGGUGGUAGAGGAGGAAGGGGUGGAAGAGGCGGUCGAGGCGGAGGUGGUGCAGGUAGGGGUGGUCGAGGAGGAGGAAACGCACCCGCGCCAGCCUCCCGUCGAGGAAGGGGUGGUGGACGAAAUGCACCUGCACACCAGGAUGACGACGACUUUGGAUUCGACGACCCUCCACCUCCACCGUCCGCAGCAGUUCCGGGUGCACGUAGCAAACCACCAUCAAAGCGACCAGUAGCCAGUAUGUCUACUGGUGCAGGCCUAUCCUCAGCGGCGGGUCCCAUAGUAACCUGCGAGUGCGGGGUCCCAGCAGGGGAGCGGACAGUCGUUAAAGAAUCUGCCAACAAAGGUCGUCGGUUCUACAGAUGUGGAAAAGAAGACCAAGGUUGCAAUUUCUUCCAAUGGGUUGACGACGAGGGUGCUCCAAGCGUACAACGUCAAGCAAGUACAUCUUCUACGCCUUCAUACAACCCGACACCAAUCAUACCGGCAAAACGUACUGCAAGUUCACGCAGUGGGACUGUAGUAGAACCUCGUUGUCAAUGCGACAACUAUGCGAAGUUGUUGGAGACGAAAGAUGGGAGGAAAUAUUGGAGUUGUGCUAAUGAGUCCAAGCGAUCUCGAUGUGGGUUUUUCGAAUGGGCGAAUGAUGAGGAUGUGGUGGGGAUACCUGUUGCUAACAGGAAUACCUUUGAGCCUCGCGGCGGAGGGGCAAAAAGUACAAGCUUUGGGAACGCAGGUGGAGGAGGUGGAGGAGGUGGAGAUGUGUGUUACAAGUGCGGCGAAACGGGCCAUUGGGCAAAUGCUUGUCCUGGCGGUGGAGUUGUCCCACCGAAGAAGGCCAAGAGUUUCGGAGGAAAGUCGACGAACGACUCGUCCAAUGCGUGUUUCAAGUGUGGACAGGAAGGUCAUUUCAGUAAUGUUUGUCCCAAUGGUGGAGGCAGCAGCAGCAAAACGAACGCGGGUGGAAUACAAUGCUAUAAAUGUGGAGAACCAGGCCAUUUUGCUAAUGCUUGUACAGGUGGAGGUGGUAGCAGUUCAACCACGUCCAGACGUUCCUCUUCCACCACAAGAGGGAAAAGAGGACGUCCAAGAGGUGGAAGUAGUUCCCGAGGUCGAGGUUCUCGGAAGAAGACGAAAUCAGAACCUGUGGAUGAUUUUGACGAUGACAUGGACUGGUGACAUCCUUUUUUGGUCGCUCACAUUGCUUUGUUGCUUUACGCUAGUUUAUUGGAUUUCGUAGAUGCAGAUUCUUGGUUAUAAUCUCUUGUACCAUGGUCACUAUAAUGUAGGACAUUUUGGGGUGAUUCGGGGAGGAUACGCGCGGAGGUAUAUUAUUCAAACUUGCAUCACAACCUUAUCUCAUGCACGCUGUACUUAUACAAACUAGAAACAACAGAACAAUGUACAAACGAACGCACGGGACCAAUUGAACUGUUCAAGUUCAAGCCUUUGACACCUUAACAGCGGCCCCGUGCUUCAAGGCGCGACUGUAGGGACAAGCCUUCACCAUAAAUGAUGUUCGAGUCAAACUUCGAUGGACCACAGGACUAGUAACACGACACAUACCUCGUGCGCAGCAUCGAGAAGCGCUUGGUCCUCAAUUCCUUCGAUCUUGAGCUCCACUUCCAGGGCAAAUCCGGCCUUAUCCUUCGGCUUGCCGAUGUGGACCUGGGAAUGGAUGAUGGCGUUUUUGGCGGAUUCUGCCUGUCCUUUCUGGCCUGCUACCAGUUGCAAUGCGCUAAGGAAACAUGCUAGAUAACCAUAUAUGUGAUGAUACAUAACAGUUAGCAGAAGUGCAAGGGUCCAUAUGUGACUAUUUACCUGCGUAGCCCAUGGCAAAGAGCUGUUCCGGAUUCUGACCAUCACCCUUCCCUCCGAGGGAUCUGGGCAUGGCAAGACGAAGUUUCAGCCCGCUAUCGUCAUCAGACUCGACCUCGCCGUUACGACCUUGUCCGCGAGCAGUUGCGUGUGCAGUGUACUAGGAGAGCGGCGGUUCAAUCUUGGAGAGUGACACUUUCCAUGCAGUUCCGGCUGACCUUGUGGUUCUCCAGAGUCAUCACUGUUCGGCGGUGGAUUGAAGCGGGUCUUGACAAGGGUCGCAUAACAGAACGCGAAUUACGAACGAUUUGCGAGAACAUGCUGGUUUCUAGUGGUGGUGGGCACGGAAGAAGCGUGAAUCAAGGACAGUGCACAGAAUGCUAUCUUAUGAAGCGUGAAAUCACGAUUGGGGCCCCCAUCUUUUCGGCGGGGGCGAUGAGAAUGCCUUCUUGAAUCGACAUGACAUGAUUGACAUCUACAGACAUUGCGUGGGAAAGUACAUCCAAGUACCUCAAAUCA